AUGUCUAGAAUCGAAAAGCCUAUAAUAGAGUGUAAACCGCUGUACUGUCGUUACAUUGAUGAUUGUUGCGCCAUCUGCCCAGUACAGGCAGAAUUGUACACGUGCUUCAAACUUCUCAAUCAGCAGUAUCCGCACAUUAAGUUCACAAGGGAGCAACCGAUAUAUGGAAGAAUGAUAAAGCAAGUUUUAAUUACUGCCGUCGUGGGAAUUGCAGCCGGCAACAUAUGCACUGAUGACACCGGCACAUGGACCUUCGCAAUCGCUGAAGGCGUCACUGAUUUUGCGCACGGUGGUGUACCGCUCAACAAAAGUUUCAACUGUUUCGAAGGUUGUCUAGCCACUGGUACAGCUGUUCAAAAUUUCAAGGUAGCCUUAAAUGGUAGCACUGCUGUGUUGAAGGAACGAAAACUGGGUACGAAGGCUGAACGCCUAGCUCGAUUACAGAAGAUGAGAGAUGAUGGCGACGACCCAAAUGCCGACUCGUGCAUAGAUCCAGUGCUGCGUACUGACAUUGCUAAUGCUCUGAAUAAGGUCGUGGAUCACUCGUGCAAAGGGAUUGUGAAAACUCUGCUGUUCAACCUAAAUCGACCUGGAUGGGCUGUGAAUUGUGUAGAUUUCGACGAGAUGAGUCUCGAUGGCAUUGUUGAGGAUCUCAACUUCUGUGCAUACACUGGUAUCGUGCCACCACUUAUCUUUGACAUUCGACUUGGAAAAAUUGACAUGUCAUAG